AUGCUGCUGCAUUUAACAUCAUUAUCAUCUAAUCAAAAGGCUCAGUUAAGAAAUGCAUUUACUUUAAUCGAUGGAGAAUCUCGUGAUUCAACAAUCACUAAAGAUGAUUUACUUAAACUAUAUUCGACCUUGGGCUUACGAGCACCAAGUGAAGCACAAUUAAAAGAGAUGUUAACUAUAGAUAAUGUUGAUAAAUCAGAAACAGGGAUAAACUUCACCCAGUUUCUGAAUUUAAUGGCUAAAGAAUUACUGAAAUUUGAAGAUCGUUCAAUCAUUUAUAAUGCUUUAAAAAUCUAUCUGGAUAAAGAAGAUUUGAAAACUUUUAAAGAUGAAUUACAAAUUGAUGUUAAUAAAUUAAAAGAUGCUUGUUGUUCUGUUCAAUUAGGUGAAAUUGGUUCUGGUGAUAAUAGAUUAUCUAGAGCAAAAUUUGAUAAACUAGUUGAAGGUUUUGUACAAGAACAAAUGGAUGGUAAACAAAUAUUCUUAGCUUCUAAAUGGAUAGAUGCAUACAUUGAUUGA